CUGUAAACGUUAUCUGGACGUUAUUAUACAUCAAGAUGUCUGCAACAAGAAAAAAUAAUAAUUAAAAUAAAUUAUUUUAUCAUCUUGGAUUUUUUCACUAAAAAAUUAUAAUAUUUUUUCAAUCAGAGAAAAAAUAAAAUGUCGAUACCGCCGUAUCUGCUGGGGCCCAACCCAUGGGCGACGAUGCUGGCCCAGCAGCAAGCUCAUGCCCAAUUAGCAGCAGCACAAGCACACGCUCAAGCAGCGGCCCAAGCAGCCCAUCAUGUACAUGUGCAGGCGAUGGCCGCGGGCCCUCCGCUUCCUCAGAUGCCAAAACAGCCAGAAGUGUUAUCCGAAGAAAAAUUACAGGAAAAAGCGCAAAAAUGGCAACAAUUGCAAUCAAAACGUUUCGCGGAAAAAAGAAAGUUUGGUUUUGUGGAUGCGCAAAAAGAAGACAUGCCUCCGGAGCACAUCAGGAAAAUCAUCCGCGACCAUGGAGAUAUGAGUAGCAGAAAGUAUCGGCAUGACAAGCGUGUAUAUUUGGGCUCACUUAAAUACAUGCCUCAUGCGGUGAUGAAGCUUUUGGAGAACAUGCCGAUGCCCUGGGAGCAGAUUAGAGACGUUAAAGUUCUCUAUCACAUUACCGGAGCGAUUACAUUUGUCAACGAAAUUCCUUGGGUGAUCGAGCCGGUUUAUAUUGCACAGUGGGGUACCAUGUGGAUCAUGAUGAGACGAGAGAAACGUGACCGACGACACUUCAAGAGAAUGAGGUUUCCGCCUUUUGACGAUGAAGAACCUCCGCUUGAUUACGCUGAUAAUAUUUUGGAUGUCGAGCCUUUGGAAGCUAUUCAAAUUGACCUUGAUUCUGAAGACGACAAGCCUGUUGCGGAUUGGUUCUACGAACACAAGCCUCUUGUUGGUACUAAAUUUAUCAACGGACCAACCUACAGAAAAUGGAACCUGUCUCUCCCUCAAAUGGCAACUUUAUACCGACUCGCCAACUCCUUGCUGACGGAUCUCGUGGAUCAGAACUUCUUUUAUCUUUUUGAUCCAAAAUCCUUCUUCACAGCGAAGGCAUUAAAUAUGGCAAUUCCCGGAGGUCCUAAAUUCGAGCCGCUUGUAAAGGACUCUAAUGCUGCGGAUGAGGAUUGGAAUGAAUUUAACGACAUCAAUAAAAUUAUCAUCCGUCAGCCGAUUCGUACUGAAUACCGAAUUGCAUUUCCUUACCUCUAUAACAACAUGCCACACUUUGUUCAUCUUUCCUGGUACCACGCUCCCAACGUCGUGUAUAUAAAAACAGAGGAUCCAGAUUUGCCGGCUUUCUACUUCGACCCUCUGAUAAACCCUAUUUCUCACAGAAACUCUCUGAAGACAGUAGAGCCUCAAAUUGAAGACGAUGAAGACUUUGUAUUGGACGAAGAAAUACAACCAUUUUUACAAGAAACUCCCCUGUACACAGACAACACAGCCAAUGGAAUCGCACUUCUCUGGGCUCCACGGCCUUUCAAUACAAGAUCUGGGCGCACGAGGAGAGCCAUUGACAUUCCACUUGUCAAAUCUUGGUACCGCGAACAUUGUCCUCCCGGUCAACCUGUAAAAGUUCGUGUCAGUUAUCAAAAAUUACUUAAAUACUUCGUUUUAAAUGCGUUGAAGCACAGACAUCCUAAGCCACAGAAAAGGCGAUACCUCUUUAAAUCCUUCAAAGCAACCAAGUUCUUCCAAACGACGACCAUUGAUUGGGUCGAGGCAGGUCUACAAGUCUGUCGUCAAGGCUACAACAUGCUGAAUCUUCUGAUUCAUCGUAAAAAUUUGAAUUACCUCCAUCUUGACUACAACUUCAAUUUGAAACCCGUCAAAACUUUGACUACCAAAGAAAGAAAAAAGUCGCGUUUCGGUAACGCUUUUCAUUUAUGCCGUGAAAUCUUACGAUUAACAAAAUUAAUUAUCGAUUCUCAUGUCCAGUAUCGACUUAACAACGUUGAUGCUUUCCAACUUGCCGAUGGGCUGCAGUAUAUUUUCGCUCAUGUAGGUCAACUUACAGGAAUGUACCGAUACAAGUACAAACUUAUGAGACAAAUUCGAAUGUGUAAGGACUUGAAACACUUAAUUUACUAUCGUUUUAACACCGGACCAGUUGGUAAAGGUCCAGGAUGUGGAUUCUGGGCCCCAGGAUGGCGAGUUUGGCUCUUCUUUAUGCGUGGAAUUACGCCAUUAUUGGAGCGAUGGUUGGGUAAUUUACUAUCCCGACAAUUCGAAGGUCGACACUCGAAAGGUGUCGCGAAGACAGUGACCAAGCAGCGAGUCGAGUCUCACUUCGAUCUUGAGCUCCGUGCAUCAGUGAUGCAUGACAUCGUCGACAUGAUGCCUGAAGGAAUAAAGCAGAAUAAAGCUAGGACAAUUCUCCAGCACUUGAGUGAAGCCUGGCGGUGUUGGAAGGCCAACAUCCCGUGGAAGGUACCAGGUCUUCCGAUCCCGAUAGAAAAUAUGAUCUUGAGGUACGUCAAGAUGAAGGCCGAUUGGUGGACAAAUACAGCUCAUUACAAUCGUGAGCGAAUUCGUCGUGGAGCCACUGUCGACAAGACUGUCUGCAAGAAAAAUCUUGGAAGAUUAACCAGAUUGUAUUUGAAAGCAGAGCAAGAACGUCAGCACAAUUACUUGAAAGAUGGCCCGUAUAUUUCUCCAGAAGAAGCUGUUGCUAUUUACACGACUACUGUCCAUUGGUUGGAAUCAAGAAGAUUUGCUCCAAUUCCAUUCCCACCUCUUUCGUACAAACAUGACACUAAACUUUUGAUUCUUGCCCUCGAGCGUCUCAAAGAGGCUUACAGUGUAAAAUCCAGAUUGAACCAGAGUCAAAGAGAAGAACUUGGACUGAUUGAACAGGCGUAUGAUAAUCCUCAUGAAGCUUUAUCCCGUAUAAAACGUCACUUGCUCACUCAGAGAGCCUUUAAAGAAGUCGGGAUUGAGUUUAUGGAUCUCUACAGUCAUUUGAUUCCAGUUUAUGACGUCGAGCCUUUGGAAAAAAUAACCGAUGCUUACUUGGAUCAAUACUUGUGGUACGAAGCUGAUAAACGUAAACUUUUCCCACCGUGGGUUAAGCCCUCAGACUCUGAACCUCCACCACUGCUUGUUUACAAAUGGUGUCAGGGGAUUAAUAAUCUUCAAGAUGUUUGGGACGUAAACGAAGGUGAAUGCAACGUUUUAUUGGAGUCCAAGUUUGAAAAGUUGUAUGAAAAAAUUGAUCUUACACUUUUGAACAGAGUUUUAAGAUUGAUUGUCGAUCAUAACAUUGCUGAUUACAUGACCGCUAAAAACAACGUUGUUAUUAAUUACAAAGACAUGAACCACACGAACAGUUACGGGAUUAUCCGAGGGUUGCAAUUUGCAUCUUUUAUCGCCCAGUACUACGGUCUUGUUUUGGAUUUAUUGGUACUAGGUUUACAAAGAGCCAGCGAAAUGGCUGGUCCUCCACAAAUGCCCAAUGACUUUUUGACUUUCCAAGAUGUUGCUUCUGAAGCAGCCCACCCGAUUCGUCUUUAUUGUCGGUACGUCGACAGGAUUCAUCUAUUUCUCAGAUUUUCUGCCGACGAAGCAAGAGACUUGAUCCAGCGGUAUCUAACUGAGCAUCCGGAUCCAAACAACGAAAAUAUCGUCGGUUAUAACAACAAAAAAUGCUGGCCGAGAGACGCGAGGAUGCGUCUAAUGAAGCAUGAUGUUAAUUUAGGUCGCGCUGUUUUUUGGGACAUCAAAAAUCGUCUCCCGAGGUCGACUACCACCAUCCAAUGGGAAAAUAGCUUUGUAAGCGUUUACUCGAAGGAUAACCCGAAUUUGCUCUUCAAUAUGAGCGGAUUUGAAUGCCGAAUCUUGCCGAAAUGUCGGACAAUUCACGAAGAGUACACCACCGCUCGUGAUGGAGUCUGGAAUCUGCAAAAUGAAAUUACCAAGGAAAGAACCGCUCAAUGUUUCUUACGAGUUGAUGAUGAGAGUCUCCAGCGAUUCCACAAUCGUGUAAGACAGAUUCUUAUGGCCUCAGGAUCUACAACCUUUACUAAAAUUGUCAACAAAUGGAACACUGCGCUUAUCGGAUUAAUGACCUACUUCAGAGAAGCUGUAGUAAAUACCCAAGAGUUGCUUGAUUUAUUAGUAAAGUGUGAAAACAAAAUUCAGACGCGUAUUAAGAUUGGAUUGAACUCUAAAAUGCCUUCAAGAUUCCCGCCCGUUGUUUUCUACACACCUAAAGAAUUAGGAGGUCUUGGAAUGUUGUCGAUGGGCCACGUAUUAAUUCCACAGUCAGAUCUUCGCUGGUCGAAACAAACAGAUGUCGGAAUCACUCACUUCCGAUCAGGAAUGAGCCACGACGAAGAUCAAUUGAUUCCCAAUCUGUAUCGAUACAUCCAACCGUGGGAGUCUGAAUUCAUUGAUUCUCAACGAGUGUGGGCAGAGUAUGCUCUGAAACGUCAAGAAGCUAGUGCCCAAAACCGCAGACUGACCCUAGAAGAUCUUGAAGACAGUUGGGAUCGUGGUAUCCCGAGAAUCAACACUCUGUUUCAAAAAGACCGUCACACUCUAGCUUACGACAAAGGUUGGAGAAUUAGAACUGAAUUUAAACAGUACCAGGUAUUGAAGCAGAACCCCUUCUGGUGGACUCAUCAACGUCAUGACGGAAAGUUGUGGAAUUUGAAUAACUACCGUACAGACAUGAUUCAAGCGCUGGGAGGAGUCGAGGGAAUUCUUGAGCACACGCUUUUCAAAGGAACUUACUUCCCAACGUGGGAGGGUCUUUUCUGGGAAAAAGCUUCAGGUUUCGAAGAAUCGAUGAAGUACAAAAAGCUGACAAACGCCCAAAGGUCGGGUCUUAAUCAGAUACCAAAUCGUCGAUUCACGCUCUGGUGGUCGCCGACGAUAAAUCGUGCUAAUGUUUACGUCGGUUUCCAAGUACAGCUUGAUUUAACGGGUAUUUUCAUGCACGGUAAAAUACCGACGCUUAAAAUAUCCUUGAUUCAGAUAUUCCGAGCUCACUUGUGGCAAAAAGUUCACGAGUCAAUAGUGAUGGAUCUCUGUCAGGUAUUCGAUCAAGAAUUGGACGCCUUGGAAAUCGAGACGGUACAAAAAGAGACAAUUCACCCGAGAAAGUCAUACAAAAUGAACUCAUCCUGCGCGGAUAUAUUAUUAUUUUCCGCUUACAAAUGGAACGUGUCACGGCCUUCCUUGCUCGCGGACUCCAAGGAUUCAAUGGAUAACACUACGACACAAAAAUACUGGAUCGAUGUACAGUUAAGGUGGGGAGACUAUGACUCUCACGAUAUCGAACGGUACGCUCGUGCUAAAUUCCUCGACUACACCACGGACAACAUGUCUAUUUAUCCAUCACCGACCGGGUUGCUUAUCGCUAUUGAUUUGGCGUAUAAUCUCCACAGUGCGUAUGGUAAUUGGUUCCCUGGAUGCAAACCACUCAUCCAGCAGGCCAUGGCCAAGAUAAUGAAGGCCAAUCCCGCACUUUAUGUUUUGCGAGAGCGUAUACGUAAAGCUUUACAGUUGUACUCUUCAGAGCCUACCGAGCCAUAUUUGUCCUCGCAAAAUUACGGAGAGUUGUUCAGUAACCAGAUUAUCUGGUUCGUUGACGACACAAAUGUAUACCGAGUUACUAUUCACAAAACAUUCGAGGGUAAUUUAACGACAAAGCCGAUCAACGGAGCUAUUUUUAUAUUCAACCCUCGAACAGGUCAAUUAUUCUUGAAGAUAAUCCACACUUCAGUCUGGGCUGGACAGAAACGUCUUGGACAGUUGGCGAAAUGGAAAACCGCUGAGGAAGUUGCUGCUUUGAUCCGAUCGUUGCCAGUUGAAGAACAGCCUAAGCAAAUUAUUGUAACGCGAAAGGGAAUGUUGGAUCCACUUGAAGUGCAUCUUUUAGAUUUUCCAAACAUUGUAAUCAAGGGUUCGGAAUUACAGCUGCCGUUCCAGGCUUGUUUGAAGGUUGAGAAGUUCGGUGAUCUUAUUUUGAAGGCAACUGAACCUCAGAUGGUGCUCUUUAAUCUGUAUGAUGACUGGCUCAAGACAAUUUCUUCUUACACUGCCUUUUCUCGGCUCAUUCUUAUUUUGCGUGCUCUGCAUGUUAACACAGAAAGAACAAAAGUUGUCCUCAAGCCGGACAAAACAACUAUCACAGAGCCUCAUCAUAUCUGGCCAUCGCUUACCGAUGAUGAAUGGAUCAAGGUUGAAGUACAGCUUAAAGAUCUUAUUCUUGCGGAUUACGGUAAGAAGAACAAUGUGAAUGUCGCUUCACUGACCCAGUCUGAAAUACGUGACAUUAUUUUGGGUAUGGAAAUAAGCGCACCGUCGGCUCAACGUCAACAAAUUGCUGAAAUUGAAAAGCAGACUAAGGAACAGUCACAAUUGACUGCCACCACCACGAGAACUGUUAACAAACAUGGUGAUGAAAUUAUAACAGCCACAACGUCUAAUUACGAAACUCAGACAUUCAGUUCGAAGACUGAGUGGCGAGUAAGAGCUAUUUCGGCAACUAAUUUGCACUUGAGAACAAAUCACAUCUAUGUUUCUUCCGAUGACAUCAAAGAAACUGGUUACACCUAUAUCUUACCGAAAAACGUUCUCAAAAAAUUUGUCACCAUUUCGGAUCUACGGGCGCAGAUUGCUGGGUACUUGUACGGUAUCAGUCCGCCAGAUAAUCCUCAGGUUAAAGAAAUUCGGUGUAUUGUGAUGGCUCCGCAGUGGGGAACUCAUCAAACGGUCCAUCUACCUACCUCACUUCCAAACCAUCAGUAUCUCAAGGAAAUGGAACCGCUUGGGUGGAUCCAUACUCAGCCGAAUGAACUUCCGCAGCUCUCUCCUCAAGACAUAUCAACACACGCUAGAAUAAUGGCUGAUAAUCCAGUUUGGGAUGGAGAGAAGACUAUCGUUAUCACUUGUAGCUUCACACCUGGUUCUUGUUCGCUGACGGCUUACAAGCUUACACCCAGCGGAUUCGAGUGGGGGAAACAGAACACUGAUAAAGGAAAUAAUCCGAAAGGAUAUUUGCCAAGCCAUUAUGAAAAAGUACAGAUGCUACUUUCCGAUAGAUUUCUUGGAUUCUUUAUGGUUCCUAGUCAAGGGUCUUGGAACUACAAUUUUAUGGGCGUUAAACAUUCUCCGAAUAUGAAGUACGAAUUACAGCUAGCAAAUCCGAAAGAAUUCUAUCACGAAAUCCACAGACCCGGACACUUCCUCAACUUCUCAAGCUUGGAGGAUGGAGACGGCGUCGGAGCUGAUCGUGAGGAUCAUUAUGCUUAAAAGUACGGCAAUUAAUGAAGACUAUUUUAUAUAUCAACUUUGUACGAUUAAUGUGAUACAUUUUAAGUAAUCUGAUUAUUUAUAAAUUCCUUAGUCUGCAAAUAAUGCUUUUUUUUAAAGAGACACUGUUAUGCAUCUUUAUGUCAAGUACAUUGGAUUUGUGUAGCAAAUGAAUAUACAAUCAAGCGUAGUUUUAAAAUUAAUUACACUAAGCUAAAAUGUUUUGGCUACAAAAGUGUAAUUUAAAUAUUUUUUGUUUUAAGUAUCGAUUAGAAUAUUACUCUUAUAUUAUUUUGUAAAAUAUUGUAAUAAUAAAUAAUAAUGAAUGUA